AUGUAUCCCCCGUGGAAAGCUAGCUAUGAGAGAGUUCAUGGAACUGAUAGUUCAGAUCCGCAAUCGGAUGACGAAUUAUCACUACGUCCCAAAGAACGCUGCGGUAAAUGGAGGAAUGGCUUCCAUCGGGAGAGGAGACUUACCUACGUGCUCUCUUGUUUUCUUGGCAUAGGAAUGCUUAUUGGUGCAUUUGGUCUUGGAUAUACCAUAGGACAAAUUAAGUCAGCACCAGAAGCGCACCAAAAAAGUCAUGUUGAUCAACAUCAACAUCAACAUGAACAUCAAAGUGAACAUGGACAUUAUCAACCCGCCGACGGUCACAGUGGCCACAGUGCUCAUAUCAACGCGAAUGGCAGUGAUAAUGGGACAAGCCCGAUCAAACGCGUUUGUGGCAACACAGAAGCUGAGGCAAUAGCGCUCGGCUGUAGAUUUGAUCUCAUGACAUGGGCAUGGCUCUCUUCUUCAUGCCCGCGAUAUGCGAGUGAUGAGUUUAUAACGGCCGAUUCAGAACCAUGGAGAUAUUACAUGGAUGUACAAGGCUUCCUUGAGGUUAGAGGGGAUAAUUGGACAAGUGCACUCAAUAACCAGGUGCCCAUUUACGUGGAACGGCGCGAACACAUCACCCAUUGUUUAUACACGUUCCUCAGCAUGGCACAAGCGAUACGCGACGGAACCCAGACCUUUCCUCGUCUGUCAGGCUACGGUCAUAUCAGGCACUGCGUUAUGAUUGUGCUGGAUUCUGCCAAAUUUGAUCCGGCCUGGAAGAACAUCGAUACGGAUAUAGGUAUCGCAUCUUACGAUGAAGGCUGUUAAGUCCAAGACAUAUCUUUUACAAUUCUUGCACACACAGCCGUUAGAGAAAAU